AUGUGCAACCUUAGUCGAAUUCAAGGAAAUUAUUGCUCUCUCUAUUUUCCCGUAUAUCUAGGGGCGAAGUUAGAGGACAGGGAGGCAAUGGGGAGCGUGCGCAAUGAAGAAGAAGUUGAUACCAGCUUCAACGCUAGUGGUAUGGCGACUAUCGAGCAGAUAUUGGCAAGCCUAAAAAAUGAACAGCGCGAGCGAGCUGCAAGAGCAUCCUUGACUAAUUCAUACGCGUACGACGCGCAAACUGUAGAUCCUGCAGCCAGAAAUGAGCUGGUAAGUCAGGGUUACCAGAGAUGUCACGCCAUGUUCCAUUUUCCUAUCUUAGUGAACCCUUUACAUAUUUUGUACAAUGAACCAAAUCCACGAGUCACAGAUGGAACGGAGCUUUAUCUGCCCCAUCCAAUAUCCCCAGCUCAGAACGGACUACAACACUGCGGGCUGGCGAACUCAGGAAUUUGUUGGCCGGAAUGCCUUUUGUGGGGUCGUAACAUCCACAGGAUUCUUUUUGUAGUGAUAGAAGAGAACAGCAUACCUUUGUUGGCUCUUCAAGAAGCCAUAGGAGAAGAACUCGUAUGGGUUGAGAAGCUGAAGCCUUGGGUAUCACACUUGAAGGAAGCCGACCCAGGCUAUUCCGAAAUGUCAGUUGUGGUACGAGAAUACCGGGGAAGACUCAAAGUUACAGCAGCAGACUAUCGCUACCACGUAUCACCUCCAGAUCCGUUCGAGUUCGAUGAGACGCCAUGGGAGCCGCCACAGUGCGAUAUAGCGAGCUAUCGCCAGAUUACAUCAGUCAUGUUCUGGGAUCUAACGCUGCUUCAAACUGGGGUUGAGACGGAAAUGAGUCAAGUUUAA